GGUAGGUGUGACCGGUUGAGGUAUCCUUACUCCUCCUAGGCACCUGAUCCCACCUCUGGUGUUUUUAAAAAUCCGUGAUUUUGCCUUAUUCACGAUUUGUUUUCUUUACUGGAUUUAUCAGAUCGAUCACUGUUCGUUAUCUUCACCAUUUACAUUGAUAAGACGGCAUUAACUACUUACCUUCUAGAGCGGUAGGACGACAAGAAGCAUGUACCGUGUUGUGACUGUGCUAGUGUUUCUAUUUGGUUUGUCUUCAGGUGCAAUAAACAACAUAGAAUGCACGCACGGCCAUCACCGUCAUCAUGCCCGGGGAACGGGGUACUACCCAGCCGACGAUCCCAUUGAAGGGGGAUUUGUGGAUAUGCGUGAUCACAAGUUACAAACACUACAGGAUUAUCUUGAGGGACGAGUUCAUCAUGUGAGUGUUGCUAUGGAUAACCAUGCCGGAAUUCCCUAUGGAACCCAUGUUUGUAUUCCAGAAUUGAACCGGAAGUACCACAGAUUCAUUGACUUCAUUGUUGUGGACACAGGUCCUGCUUUUUAUGGCAAGGGAUACAGCAGAAUUGAUAUAUGUUGUCGCACGGAACACGAUACCUUUGAUGACACCAUUAAUGGACCUCUUACUCUUGUAUUUCAUUAAAUAAACAUGAUAUUGAAAGAAGCUGUUAACCCUUAUAAAAAAAAAAAAAUAGUUCCAGUGGUACCGUAAUGGAAUUCAGUGCACAAAUCACCGCCGGGCUAAACAGACUUUUGAAAGCUC